GUUUACUUGUCAAAAACUGGGAAUAUGAUACGGUCGAGAAACUGUUCGUGUUCCUGUAAUGGUGAAAUAAUUUAGGCAUCUAUGUUGAAAAUGCAGUGCUUUUUAUCAAUUCACCCACAUACGCUUUCAUUUCCAAUCAUUUCUCCAUUCAAUUCAUUUGUCGGUUCAAUCAUAAUGCAAUGGGGCUCCUCCCAGCCUUACAUUUUCACUAAAAAUGAGCGCAUAGAAAGCGAAAACAUAAAAUGUAAAAACAUUUUAUCACCGCAAUAAAGUGGGUACUGAGAAGGUAUCAGUCGUGGGAACAUGGCACCAUUUUAAUGGAUUUUUUAAAAUGUUUGCAUCUCGUUUUUUGACAUUUCUCCCGGUUUUCAGUCCCGAAAAAUAUGAGGCGCGUGAUACACUCAAAACUGGUAGACAAUCAGAGACAGAAAGAGACACAAUUUUGGAGUUCGCUUCAUUAUUCAUUUUGCUAAAAAAGAACUAUUGAAGAAAAAACUAUUUAAAUAGCACCCAGACGGGUACAUUUCAUUAAGCUUACGUGGAUAGAUAACUUACAAGAUGUCUGACUCAUCGGAAGGAGAAGAAGAGGAGCAAAAUACCAUUGGAACCUAUGAAGGGGAGAGGAAUGAGGCCAAACAGCGGCACGGUUACGGCGUGGCGCAUCUGCCGAACGGCGACAUCUACCGCGGCUUCUACCGAGAGGGAAAGAGACACGGCAGAGGUCACUACCGGUUCAAGAAGAACGGCAGCCGCUAUACGGGAGAGUGGCAAGACGGCAAGAAGCACGGCCGAGGGGUGUUCGUCUAUCCUGACGGCACCAAGUACGAGGGCUACUGGGAGGAUGACAUGCGGACCGGCCAGGGUACCUACUACUUUGCCAACGGCAACAAGUACGUGGGUGAAUGGCACGACGACAUGCGGCAGGGCAUAGGCAUCUGCUUCUACCCUGCCCUCAACUGCAAAUACGUCGGCGAGUGGGAGAACGACCGUCGACACGGCAAGGGGGCGCUAGUGCACCAGGACCACCGGUACGAGGGUCAGUGGAAGGACGACCUGCCGGACGGCCCCGGCUGCUACGUGUUCGGAGACAGCCUGGUGCAGGAGGGGGUGUACACGGUGCGCCAGCAACCGGUAGAUGAAGACGAACCGCCCCGCAGCACUGAGGACGAGGAGCCGCCGGCUACCCUGGUGCCCGUCUGGAGAGCUGAUAGAGUGUUGGCUGGAGACGCUGCUAUCAACCGGAUCCAGCACAGUCUGCUCGAGCUGGAGAGGGUGGCCAGCCACGUCAGUAUCGGCUCGGCGGUGCUGCCUCCCGAGAAGCCGCCUCCGCCGCCGCCGCCACCUCCCGCCGAGUCUCCGGCAGAGGGCGGUGGGGACGCGCCACCAGAGGGCGGUCAGGUAGCCGACGGUGAGGGCACGGCUGCCGGCGAGGAGGCCGCCGGAGCUCCCGAGGGCGCCGAGGAGGGCGCCGAGCCGGACCCGGAGGCCGACCAGGUCGGCGGCGACGAGACGGAGCUGGAGGCGGCAGACGGCGAGCCGCCGCAGGAUCUGACCAUGGAGCUGCGAGACGGAGAGCGGGACGAGACGGGAGAGGAGCCGGAGACGGGGGAGGGCGAGCAGGAGGCGGGAGACGGAGACACGGAGCCGGGAGACGGCGAGCAGCCCGAGUGAGGGCGACACUGGACGGACAGAUCUUCUGACACGGCCACAGACAGGAAAAUGAGCACGGUCAGAAUACGGGAUUUAGCAGAGUGCAUUGCGCAAGACUUGCUUCUAGGCGUGACUGGACCGACACACCAGAGAAGAGAAGAGGAACGAGAGCAGAUAUUGAAUGAAACGCUCAUUGAACAGAUUUAGUCCAUGCAUUUGUGUGAUAUGCGAGUAAAUGACACUAUAUGAACAGUUUAAUGUUACGCAAAUAGAUUAAAAAUAGAUACAAUGCAUGAUUUGAAA